CAUUCCAGGCGGUCGUUUUACUCGGCGAUCUCAAGCCCGACGGAGGCUUACUUGUUCACGCCGGGGCGUCAGGUGUGGGUCUGGCCGCUAUUCAGUUGGGCCGUUUCAUCGGAGCGAAGAACGUCAUCGCCACCGCGUCGACGAAAGAAAAGCUGGAUUGGCUCCGCUCCUUGUCCAACGGAGCGACUGCGACGGCCAAUUACAAAAAUGAGGAUUUCUCGCAAGUCGUCAAAGAAGCGACCCAGGGCAAGGGCGUCAACGUAGUCGUCGAUUUUGUCGGACAAACCCAUUUUACGAAAAAUAUUGAUUCGCUAGCUGUUGAUGGAACGAUGGUCAUGCUGGCGAUGCUGAGCGGAGCCACGGUUCCGAGCGUGAAUCUCGGACCCAUCCUAUUCAAGCGGCUGCGCAUCCAAGGCUCCACUCUCCGCUCUCGCUCGCCGGCAUACCAGGCAGAUCUCAUCGCGAGGUUCAGUAACGACAUUCUGGAUCAUAUCAGCGGCAAGGAGGGUGACGGAAAAAUAACAACGUUCAUUCACAAGGUCUAUCCCUGGGAUAAGAUUCAGGAUGCGCACCGCGAGAUGGAAGCCAAUGGUAACUCUGGAAAGAUCAUUGCCGAAAUCAAUUGAGCAGUACAAUCACAAUCCAUAUUGUAAUUUUAGUAGCGGUGCACGAAAAUAGUUGCACCUCGAGGCCCGUUCAUCUCAGACUGAACGCCGCCUCGUUCGCGAAGACGGCCGCCACUCCGAUCUUCCCUUCAGCGGUGGCGUUUCAUAAUUGCAGGACGUAGAUAGCUUUUGGUCGACACCGCAUGGCGCAUUGUCCUUCCGCUGCUGUUCGAUGUCUGCCGCUCAUUGAAGGCACAGGAAAGCUCGAUCCUUCUGUCCAAAUUCGAAGCGCGUGUCUCUGAUGCCCGCGCGCCAAGGUCGACGACCUGAGUCGCGUGACCGCAUUCUUAGGGCCGCAUGUGGUCACUUGCACGGAGACUUUCUGCCGGUUUUUCUCAUCUCUCUCAGAGACCCCAUUUUCCCGAGUGCACCCAGGUGUUCUCUGCUGUCAGAAUAAGAGAAUAAGAGCUGUGAAUUCAUCACCCAACGCCAGUCAAACACUGUCCGCCACCGCGGCGUCGGUGUUAGCGCUGGGAGGGGUGAGUAUGUGCAUGCGGAGUGCCUGCCUUCUCAACGCUGCGCACGUCCAACCGUCAGUCAUGGCGCCGGCCAACUUGUUCGUAGUCCACAUCUUUGUUCGGGACUGGAGAUGAUGGCGUUUGUCCUGCAUUUCGCGGCGAACUGGUACCAGUCGCGGGAGAGAGUCCAAACGAACAAUCCGCCAGCCACCCGCAGAUGACAUCGAAGCUUGCCGUGAGCUGUGAGCCCUGGGUAUCUCUGAUCCACAAGCUCAAUCUUCGGCGCGACAGGGAUUGUCGUCCGCUUUCGGCUCUACCGCCGCCCUUGUAUGAAAUUUCUUGCCAGUCUUUGCGCAGAAAGGGGCGGGCUUGUCUCGACUGCUGAACAUCCUUUUCGCUUCGAGAGCAAUCCGUCAGCUAAAAUUGGAUGACACCGGUGCUCCCGCGUACCUUUGCAGACCGAGGGCUUUCCUCAGCCUUCCCUCGAAAACCCCAGGCUCCUCGUCUGCUGUUCCCAAACUCCAUCCUGGGCCAACCCCAACUGGGUAGACAUCGCAGCAGCCAAGGGGACAAUGGCUGUGCUGCGGAUGUCUACAAGCAAGAAAAUGGAAUUCGAAAGAUCUCCGCCACGGAAUCGAUCUCUGUCCGACAGUCGUUGUGGAUCCCGCUGGAAACGGCGAUUUCGGACAGAGGCUAUGCCACACCAUUAUCGCAAGAGUUUGUGUUGUGCCUGGAGUUGGUAGCAUUUGUUUCAUUCUGCCGAAUCGUCACCACUACGGGCGCUAGGUCCGAGGUGUCGGCCAGGCAUAGCAUAUCCACAAGCGCUGCUAUCAAUUCCCCUGUGGUCGAAAAAGUUUGAAACCACCGGAAUCCAAGAAGCAAGUCCGAUAUCAGAUCGAGUUUUCUCACUGUCAUUGGGCACGAUGCUUACGAGUGCGGCGGCAAGUCAUUCUAGAUUGAGUCAGAAAAUAGUAAUGGUUCGUGCCGAGCCACCCCGAUGCAUUUAGAUAUAAAAGCGCGCUCGCGUUGGAACUGCUGACAAGCCACUCCUCCCAUUGACAUCCACCACCGGAUCCAAGACCACUUGGCAGUCCUAGAGUCCCCCACAGCACACACUACACUACACUACACUACACUACCCAUCCAUGGCAGGAAACUCAUCGAACGGAACGAAACCGUCAUCGUCCUCGGGACAGGGAUCGGGACAGGGAGUCAAAGGCGGGGCGUCCUCGACUGGCGCGACUUUCUUCUGAGCGCGACACUCCACUGCCCACGCGCGCCCACCCACUGUUCGUGGCCCAUACCCCUUACACACACUAUAGAACGCGUCGAACGCGUUAAUUCUGCACCCUAAUCAGCACGUUCACCGACCAGUGUCACUGGUGGACGCACCUAAUCACCCGCUUCGCACUCGCAACCCCACUCUUCACCCGUCUUGGCACUCGAUUUGGACGGACGGAGCAUUAAUGACGUUCAUCUUGGACUCUGAACCCUUCUUUUCUUGUAGACCACGGAAAGGCAUACAACAUUACUGUAUCAUAUCAUUAUGCUAGAGCCACUACGGCAGGGCACGAACGUAGCAGGCGCACCGUAUCCCGUAAUAAAAGCACCCGUAUGAUCGAGUUUGAGCUUGUACCAAUCCAUAUUACAGCUUGCCUCGGACGCCAGUCAUCCAUACCCCCGAGGACACAAGCUCCUGGCGCUCGCAUAGUCCCCACCACUGCAGAAUGUAGUCCACAACUUCGUCUUGCCGUCCCGAGAAGUUGUGAUCCGCGUCUUCGACCAUAUGCAGCGUGUGCGUCCCGGGCGAGCGACCACCAAGAGCACGGGCAAUGAUGUGCGCGUCAUAG